AUGCACAAGAAAGGUGGUCUUCAACAAGUGCUCUCAAACCAUGCUGAGAAAAUCCGUUUGAAGCUCCUUGGUCGUCCACUUAAGCAAAUGAAAGCGACUUUAAUCUUCCCAAGUAGCGAACGUGAACAAAACAAAGUUUUAGAAAGCAUGUCGCCUGAAUAUAAGUACCAAGACAGCGAAAACGCUGCCAGUCAAAAUAAACACAACCAAGACAACCAGAUUUCAAAUAUAUUGGAUGAAACAACAGUACAUGAUCUAGCUGCGAAGCAUUUGCUGGACAGCGAAAGCCAACAUUCCACUCGUGCAGGGACACCUGGUCUUAUGAAAGGGUUUGUAGGAAGUCGAGGUGGUGUUGAAUCGUUGGAACAGUUGAAUAUUAUGUUACAAAAUACAUUGCCUGAAUAUCAAUAUGACAGAGCUGAGAGAGGUAGGUAUGGGUAUGUAAGUUUGAGGUCGCCUGACUCGCUCAUUGAAGAACUUCAGCACUUUCUGUCUGAACGUUUUGAAAAUAAUUGGAAAUGUUUCAAAAAUUCAUGGGCCUUUAGAGGGGCUUAUACACGAAGAUUCACGGUAAUGAACUUUCUUAAUUCUAGGUCCAGGUUUCUCCUUUGAUGGCUGUGUUGACCUGGAUCCUGAUUGUUGGAAAUAUGAGCUGCAUGGCUUAUGUAGCGACAGUCCUGACCUGGCUGAAAAACGUUUUAACUGUAAGAAAACAUGUCAUCUUUGUGUCAG